AUGUGCAUUUUCAAAAAACGGGAAUAAUGAAUGAUUGAGAAGUGACCAUGCAGACCCGUUUCAACUGGUGUGACUGUUGUACCUGCCGUUUAAUUAACUGUUUAAUCCACUUCUAAGACUUAUGCAUAGACGACUGCAAUAAUUUUAUAGGGAUAUGGAUGAUAUGCAAAAACUUGUUCAUCUGGAUUUAAAAGGAGCACCACCUAAAGUUCAUUACUUAGAGAAGGUUUUCCCUUUGAUAAGGAAAUGGGGUGCAACAGGUUUAUUGAUUGAAUAUGAGGACAUGUUUCCAUACUGGGGGCCUCUUUCAGAGAUUGCUUCAGAAUUUGCUUACAGUCCAGAGUGUGUGUCGAGCAUUCUGCGCCUCGCAGAGGAGAACAACCUGAGUAUUAUUCCAUUAGUUCAAUCCAUUGGACAUUUUGAGUUCGUUCUUAAACAUGAGAAGUUUAGAUCCAUACGAGAAGUUCCAAAUUACCCUAUGGCUCUUUGUCCUUCAAAUGAGGACUCGCUUCUCAUUGUGUGUAUGAUGAUUGACCAGGUCAUGGAACUGCAUCCUGGGAUACGAUACUUUCAUAUUGGAGCUGAUGAGGUGUAUCACUUAGGAGUGUGCGAACGAUGUAAAAGAAGAAUGUCUGAGGAGAACCUUUCCCCCCAACAGUUGUUUCUGAUUCACGUGAAGGCAGUGCUGGGUCAUAUCAAGAACACCCACCCCACCAUCACCAGUAUCAUGUGGGAUGACAUGCUCAGGCAUACAGAGUUACCUAUCUUGAUGAAUUCAGGUCUGGGAGACAUGGUUGAGCCAAUGGUGUGGCAUUACUUGUCAGAUUUCAGGCUUCCAAUUGAUAUUUGGGACAAGUAUUCAAAAGUCUUCCCAAACAUCUGGUUUGCAAGUGCUUUCAAAGGAGCUACAGGAGCGAAUGCCUAUGCCACAAACAUUGCCUAUCACCUAGACAACCACACCGUGUGGCUCGAUGUCAUGGCCAGGGAGGGGUCAAAGUUCAAGAAAGUUCAAGGCUGUGCUCUAACUGGAUGGCAACGAUAUGACCACUAUGCAGUACUUUGUGAGCUCCUCCCACAAGCUCUACCCUCACUAGGAAUGUGCUUGAUGAUGCUUCAACAAGGUUCUUUCACUGCUGAGGUGCACACCAGUGUAUCACAAGAUCUAAAGUUCCUAUCACCAAUACCACUCAACCCAUUUCAAAGAUACCCUGUUCCACCAUGUCAGUUUCCAGGAAGUGAAAUAUACACAAGCCUGAUGGCUUUUCUACAUCUAGAUGCAACAUAUGAAGAAUUUGUCCGUGAUGAAAGGGUGCUCACUUGGAUGAAUGACUAUAUGAUGGAGAAGAGAUUUUCUAACCCUGUUCACAUAGAACCAAUUCUUGCCCAGUGUUACGCGAUUUUGGACGGUUUGACUAAAAUCCACUCCCAACUAGAAAAAGCGCUGAAAGAAGUCUUUUACGAUCACACUGUGGAAGAAUGGUUAAAAGUGUUUAUUGAACCCAAGAUUAGGAAAAUAUCUGACGCUGUUGAAAAGGCCAAAUUACAACUCAGCAACUCAUGACUCUAGCAAGAUUGCUCAUUUUCAUUUAUGUGAAACCAUGUGUAAAAUUAUUAAUAUACGUACAUGUGUGUCUUGGAUGCUGUUUCCAUGGAAUGAAUGAUACAUUUUUUAAGAAGGUUGUCCCUGGACUCCCAAUAUCCAUAAUUGGGCUAUUUAAUAUAUUUCUCCUCAUUUUAUCACAUGACUGUGUAAAAAUGGAGAUGCAUCAAUGUUUGUUAAUUUUUUAAAAAUUGUUGAUUUAUAAUUAAUUUGCUCCUACUAAUAACAAUCAAUAUUACCAAUUCUUUAUUUCUGCAAACAAAUAUUUGCAUUGAGUGUGCUGUAAUUGUACUGUAAAAAAAUCUAGUCUAUAUAGUACAUUUUCUGACUAUCUGGUGCUAUUUAUUGUGUCUUAGUAAAGAGUCCCCCAAGUUCACAUUUUGUGUAUACAGAUACAAGUGUGUUUAAGUCUUUACUCUACUUAUUUUUGUCAAGUCCACAUGUUUAAGGACAAACCCAGACUUAGUAGGGACUGUUCUGAAGGCAGACCAGGAACCCUAUCAUUAGAAAUUUUUACUAAAGGAUAGGCAAAGACUUUUUGAAUUAUUAAAUAAAUUUUUCACA